AUGAAGUUCCUCCCCAUCGUCAUCUCUCUCUUUGCCGCCACCUCUCUGGCGCAGAACGGGCAAGAUCCAUGCAACUUCUUCUUCUUGUUAUUCGCUAAUACUAGACACAGCUGUGGCUUCCCCGAUGGCCCCGAUUGUGAGUCCGUCGGCGUCGGCGCCAACGGGCUGGAGCAGUUUGUCGACCCCGACGGAUGUUGUCUGUUCCCAUUCCGCUGUGGGAAUGUUGCUGGGGAGCUGUGUGAGCGAGUGAGCGGUAACAGUGCUGGCAGCAAUGGAAACGGUAACGGAAAUGGAAACGCAAAUGGCAACGGCAACGGGAAUGGCUUCAACUUUGGCUUUGGGAGGAACAGGAACAACCGCCGACGAGUGUCACGAAUCUAG